GGGGGUAAAGGCGGCGGCGCUGCCCGGCAUCGCCCCCGCGGGGCUCCCCCCGCCGCACCCCGCUUUCCCCGCAAAGUUUGGGAGCGGGAGAGACGAGGAGAGAGGGGGGGGGGGGGUUGGAAAACCGGAGUCCGCGCUCGUCCCGGAUCCUUUUUUGAUUUCCCACCCCCCCCACCCCCCCGCGUUGUGUUGCUGAUUGAAAAAGAGACGGACCUUGGUCCUGCCGAGCGCCGGGUGGCCGCCCGGCCGGCCCGCUCCUGCCUGCCCGCACCAUGGAGUUCACCCAGAGGAAGAGAAGCAGGAAAUCCCAAAGCUUUAAACUGAUCAACGAAGAUUACCAUCAUGAGAUAUAUAAGAUCUCUGACUACAGCAAUGAUGUUAAUGGGGAGACCAAAGAAACACAACCAGUUUUUUUAGGAGAUGAAAGCCGGGAAAUUAAAAAACAAAUUACAGGGAUGAGAAGAUUACUGAAUGACAGCACUGGAAGAAUCUAUCAACGCGUUGGCAAAGAAGGAGAAAAACUGAAGGAGGAGCCCCAAGAUUUAGACUUAUCCUGGGCCCAGCGCCUGAAUCCCCCUGCUGAGUCCCAGGCCAGCCUUCAUCCUUCACAGAGCAGUUCAUGGAAUGAAUUAUCACCCCAACCCAGCCAUUUUUCAGGGCAAUACGGGACUCGAUCCAGAACGUUCCAAAAUCAAACACGAACCGUGGCAUCCAACGGAGAAAUCCCAGUGGUGAAUUCAUCAAUUGGACCAAACUGCUGUACAUGUAAUUGCCAGUCAACCCUACAGGCUAUUCUUCAAGAGCUCAAGACCAUGCGAAAAUUGAUGCAGAUUCAAGCAGUUGGGACUCAAAACAGACAGCAGCCUCCUGUUCCCCUGAUUUGUGCACAGAAGUCGACAAUAUCAAGAAAGAGAAAUAAAAAGAAAAAACUGCCCCUCAAAACUGUUGAACCAGUUACUGGAAAUAAGAAACCCAACGCUGCAGAGAACGAUAAGAAGCUAUCGGCAAACUCGGAACGAUCGAGUCUGCAAGCAGAUGAACCCCCCCUAAAACCAGACACCCCUGUUUCAGGAUUUGGAAUUAUCCUUGAAUCGGCUUCAUCAGAUCCAGAAGUGCAACUUGCAGAAGGCUUUGAUGUCUUCAUGCCCAAAUCUCAGCUGGACUCUAUAUUAUCAAACUACACUCGCUCAGGAAGUCUGCUCUUUAGGAAGCUGGUCUGUGCAUUUUUUGAUGACAAGACUUUGGCUAACUCUUUACCAAAUGGCAAAAGGAAAAGAGGCCUCAACGACAACCGGAAAGGACUAGACCAAAAUAUUGUGGGUGCAAUAAAAGUCUUCACAGAAAAAUACUGCACUGCUAACCAUGUGGAUAAACUUCCUGGUCCCAGGGACUGGGUCCAGAUUCUUCAGGAUCAAAUUAAACUGGCAAGAAGGCGAUUAAAAAGAGGCUCAGCAGAGGCAACUGACUGUGAUGAGAAGCCGGACAUUUCUCUACUACAAACAGGUAACCUUUUUGACACCACAACAGAUCAUCUGAUAGACGCAAACCCAGAUUUUUCAGCUUGAAUUUCCCAGCCUGCAUCAGUGUUCUUAGUGGAUAGAAACAUCCUCUCCUUCUAAUAAUGUUCCCUCAAGGAUCAGCAUGAGAACCUCAGUGUUCCACAAGACAUGGAUACCCAUACCAUUUUCUCUUCAAGUUUGUGUUGUUUCAUGUAUUUUCCCUGUAACCUCAAAUAACAAAACCGCCAGAUUGCUUCACUGUUCUUCACUAUAAUUAAAAAUUAUUUCCCUCCAUAUCCAAUGCAUUAUUUAAUUGGCAGGGUAUCCACUUUGAAGACAUUCUCUUGCCUUUGUUUUUCCUCCAUGGUUGUGUUUGUCCAUGUGAUUGUAUCCUUGCCAGCAGUGUUUUGUCUGGAGCCAGGCAGAGGUGAAUCCACACAGCCAGGUGACUCUUCCUGUCCUGGGGAUCAGGGUGACAUCUCUCUCCAUCAUGAACCCUGGGGACUCUAUGAGCAUUUGACUUGGCAAAACUCUUUGCUUCUGAAGACCCACUUUUCCUUUCUGCUGUGGUACCAAUGCCCAGUCCUAUGCAGCUGUGAUUAAAAAGUCUGUGCUGGAUUGAGCAGGAAAUAAAGCAGGAUUCCUCCCAGCAGUGUGCCCAGUUUCCUAAUUAUAGCAAGAAGAAGUUUUUCCUCAAUUUCCCCUCUGUGUUCCUAGUGGGAUGGUUCUCAAGCAUCUCUGUCGUGCAGAUCACUGGAGGUGGUUGUUCUCCUCUUGCUUUCCCCACCCCAGCUUGCCCCACCACCUCAAUCUCAAAAUGUAUUAGUUUGCCCAUUUCCAGGAAGAGGCUCUGCACGCUGUGAAUUUUCAACCACUGCCCUUGGCAACAGCAUUCACCUGUGUUUUUUUUUUUAAAAAAAGUCACCUUUGGACUGGCACUCUCUUGAUAUCUCAGCAGCUAAAAUGAGUGAAUCAAUCAAGAAAUUGCACUACCCUCUUAGACAUUGAAAGGCUUGGUCCUUUCGGGUCAGGGCUAAGGUAAAAUCGUACGCAGCCCCCAUGCAAACCUUCACUUCUGCACCUUUCAUCAGCACUAAAUUCACUUUAAAAAUGUCAGGAAAAAGUCCAAAAGGUCUUACCUGCAACAUCUGUCGAUCACCAGGCAGUCUGAGCGUGUUUCCUGAAACUGGAGGGAGAGCUUGCUAGAGCCUUGACCAUUGUGUUUCCCCGUGUAUAUUUCAGGUGCAUCUUUUUCUCUUUUUUUCAAAACUAUUUGGCCUUUGAGUGUCUCAACAGAAGUGCUAUUACAGAGUGGGAUGGCUCUCAAGAGGUGGCUCUCUUUGUAACAAUCCUAAAGCCUGUUUUCUCAGGCAUUGCCAAAUGCCCACUGGUAACACUGAAGCCAACAGGAGCAGUUUGACCUCUUGGCACCUGAGAAACCAGGCUCCCAGCCCUUCCCCACCCACCUACCAUGGACUUGUAGGAAUGACUAUGUUCUCUCUCUGAAACUGUGGAAUAGAUCGAAUGUGCACUGCAAGCCUGAAAAUUUUGAGUCUUUCCUUCCUUUGUGGCUUAGAGUUGGCACUGGGCAGGGGACACUGGUCUGUCUUGUCCAUCUUGUAACCCUUCAGCAACGGAAUCAGCGUUUUGUAAAUUUGGAAGAUUGCAUUUGUGUUUACUUACUGUGACUACUGUUCAGACUUUCUUCAGAAAUCUUUUUAUAGGUUUUAUUAGAGAGAAGAAAAAAAAAAAAUCAUUCCAUAUUUAGGUAAAAAUGUCUCAAUCUUCUGUAUAUAUGUUUUAUUAAUAUGUAAAUAUUUAGAUAUUUUUAAAUUACUAUGUUCUUAAUAAAGCGACAAGGGACUAGUUGUGAAAUGGUGUAUAACAUUGUGUCGUGUUAUCAAUCUCUGGGAAACCCUCUUUGUCAGUUCAGAAAAGAAAACCUACAAUAAAUAACUAAUUCCAUGUG